GAAUUUUCUAUAACGUAGUUUGGGGAGGACACUGGAUUGAAGUAACUGCGAUGUUCAGCUGAACUCAGCCAGGGCACUUCAGUAUGAAAGCUCCUCUUUCACCAGCGAAGUCAUCGGGGGUAGUGGAUAUUACUACGAUUUACUAGCCAAGCCCUUAUGGCGCAGUUUCAUUCAUUGGAUUUGUGUGCAUGACACCCGUUUCUUCAUGGAUAUACUGUGUUUUCACACCUGGAGUACUUCUUGCAACCAAAAUGUGUCUUUGUAACCGUGAUACCCUGUGUUGAUGAUUUGCCAGACAAACCAAAGCUUAUUCAAGUAACUAUGCCUGGAAAGAUUUUGCUAGUGGGAAUCCUGUAUACGCUGUCUUGUACAGUCUGUGCUGAAAAUAAUGAAGACAAAAUAUACAACACCCGGCCAAAGAUUACAGGGAACUUCGUGGAUUCAACUGUGAUGCUGAAAGCUGGGGACAACUUUACUCUACUGUGUGAGGGAGACUUUCCCUUGGAGUGGCAUGUGACAGCCCCAGGCCCACAGGACAGGUCUGACAGCGGUGUUUCGAAAAAAGAAGCUCCUUCUGGCGGCAACAAGACGGCGUCCCGCCUCACCCUCACCAACGCCCAGUAUUACGACACAGGAAGCUACAGUUGCUACUAUCAGGCGGACCAGCGCAAGGUCAGGGAUGACUCGGCCGUCUACAUCUUUGUCAAAGAUCCACAACAUGCACUGGUACCGCUCCAGAGGUUAAACCUCCCGAUUCCUGUCCGGGUACAACAUUACCGCAGUGCCAUCAUCCCGUGCCUGGUGACAGACCCCUCAAUCAACGUCACACUCAUCAAGCAGACGGUCAACGAGGUGGUUGACAGUCGCAGUGAUGUCACCUACGAUCCCAAAGUCGGCUUUACACUCCAUUACCCAAAUUAUUACUUCAACGGGAUGUUCUCCUGUGAAGUUGACACUGAAUUUUACACAGACUCCAUUCAAGCUGUCCUCUUUUACAGCAGUGCACCAUCUACUCCUCAUCCCUUCAUUGAAAUUGAUCCGCCAAGCACACGGAUUUGGGUCGGACAAUCUUUUACACUCACCUGUAAAGUGAAACUGGAUCGGGGCCACCAGAUUUUCAUCAAAUGGUUGUUUAAUACAAAAGGGGUGAAGUCAAACUACUACAUUAUGAAGCCCCGUAAAGAGCAGAUAAGGACUACCAACUAUAUGUAUGACGAAGUCUCAAAACAAAUAAAGGUGUAUAAUGUCGAUACGGAUGAUCAAGGCGUGUAUACCUGCCAAACCCAGACAGCCAAUCCCCUUAAGAACACAGUAUCAAAAAUACUGUAUGUCUACGAGAAAUCUGAGGCGUAUCUGAUGCCGGAGAAAGAUGUGGUUGAAACGACACUUGGAAGUGAACAGGCUUUGAUCCGAAUGGACAUGAAUGCCUUCCCAACACCUGAUUUGUACUGGUAUUUCAAUGGAAACCUUAUCACCAAUGAAAGCAACUUCAAGACAUAUGAAACAGAAAGCGAAGCUGCCUUGCGGAUUUUCUUUCCCUCGUCCGUUCAUAAUGGAAACUACACCCUCCAUGCAGUGACUGUGGAUAUGAAUGCCACAGCUAGCGUACUGCUGAAAGUAUAUGGACCACUCACAGCAACCCUCUCUGCUAAUUCUGACUACAAGUUCUUCACAGUGGGUGAGAAGUACAGUCUAGUGUGUCAAACCUGUGGCUACCCGACUGGAAACAUCACCUGGUACUAUCAGGACUGCAACUCCACUUUGUGUGCAGUGGAUGAAAGCAACUGGACGUUCGUACAGCGGAAAAACUUAUCCAUGUAUAGCGCCAUACCGGUGGUAGCAAACACAACAGGAGUCUAUCGUUGUGAUGCCAAAAAUACCAUUGGGGGUGAACACAAGGAUUUUAAGUUCAUUGUUACCGACCAACUUCCCAGCAAAACUGGCAUCAAGAUCACCUCAAGCAAAGACAAGGUCGUCAAGGGAGACAAUCUGAAACUUGAAUGCAUAGCCAGUAUCUGGAACUACAAGAAAAUAAGCUUUCCCUGGACACCAUCAGCUUUGGCAUUGUAUAGCAACAGCUCCUUGGUGGAUAACACAACAGACACAACUCUGUUGAACACAACUGUUGCGUUAAAUACUUCUACAACAGAUGUAGCUGCGACCACAGAGAGCCCAAGGAUACAGAUAUUUGAAUCAAGAACGGAGUACUCCUUUGUGAGGACGAUAUUGUUCCACUCACUUCUGCCAGAAGAUGAGGGUCUCUACUUCUGCAAUGGGACCAACUUUACUCUAGGUGUUACGGCAGACAUUUAUGAUCUGACUCUCUCUCCCAUCAAGCCCCCUGUCCUACUGGAUCAUACAUCGGGGGAGUACAACAUUAAGCAGUUGUCAUCCUUCUUCCUGGACUGUGCCUUUGAUGGAUUCCCUAACCCCCACGUCUCCUGGUACAAGGAUGGUGUCAAGCUCAAGGCCAACAACACCCUCAACAUCACCUUUACAUCCUUCAUGAACGCACGUCUCUCAAUCGAUGAGGCAACCAAGAUCCAUGCCGGUUAUUACUACUGCGAAGGAGAAAACUAUGGCGGGAAAGUACAGAGUUCCAAUAUCACCUUGCUUGUUGGACAAAAAGUAUUGUCAGGUUUUACUGGAAUGCAUAUUGGAAUUGUUGUUGGCGUCGCUGUCAUCAUUGUCAUCAUCCUCAUCAUCAUCAUCAUCAAGGUCAAGAGCAUGAAGGCAGGCUAUCACAAAGAGUUGGAGCAAUGCCUGAUGCAACCCAAGGGAGACUACAACCCAGACCUGCCCAUAGACGAGCAGACGGCCUGUCUCCCGUAUGACCCCAAAUGGGAAUUUCCUAAAGACAGACUUCGUCUUGGUAUGAUCCUCGGUCAGGGAGCUUUUGGUCGGGUGAUGAAGGCAGAGGCCAUUGGUAUCAUGGAUUGUGAAGAUGUGUCUAUUGUGGCAGUCAAGAUGGUCAAAGACUGCACUGAUCGGGAACAAAUGAUGGCUCUGCUGUCAGAGCUGAAGAUUCUCAUCCAUAUCGGUCAGCAUCUUAAUAUUGUCAACCUUCUCGGAGCUGUCACCAAGAAUAUUCGCUUUGGUGAACUGUAUGUUCUUGUGGAGUACUGCCUGUUUGGAAACCUGCGUAACUACUUGAUCAAGAACAAGUCUUCCUUCAAGGACACAAUGGAGGAAUACACAGACCCUGCCCUGGAAAAGAAGCGUCAGGCUCAGAACGAGAAGCCAAAGCCCUAUUACGUCAACAAGGCUGCUCUCCCGGAAAACAGCGCCGAUCUGAUUGGUCCAGCACUCACAACAAAGAAUCUGAUUUGCUGGGCAUUCCAAGUUGCACGAGGCAUGGAAUACCUGGCAUCCAAGAAGUACAUCCACCGUGAUCUGGCAGCUCGGAAUGUGUUACUUGGGGAGGACAAUGUGGUCAAGAUCUGUGACUUCGGCCUGGCCAAGGACUGCUAUAAGGAUGCUGAAUACAAGAAGAAGGGGGAUGGUCCAGUUCCGGUCAAGUGGAUGGCUCUGGAGUCCUUCACUCACAGGAUCUACACAACUAAGAGUGAUGUAUGGUCAUAUGGAAUCUUUAUUUGGGAGCUGUUUUCAUUAGGAGGGAACCCCUACCCAGGUGUGGAGAUCAACGAGAAGUUCAUAGGACUGCUCAAGUCUGGCUAUCGUAUGGAGAAACCUAAAUAUGCCUCCGAUGAGUUAUUCAAGAUUAUGGAGUUAUGCUGGCAUGAUGACCCCAAUAUGCGGCCAUCUUUCUCAAGCCUUGUGUCGUCAAUGGGAGAUUUCCUAGAGGCUAAUGUCAAACAGUACUACCUUGACCUAAAUACUACAUAUGUGAAGAUGAUCGAUGAGACUGGAACAACAGCUGCUGCAGGUGGCGCCACCGCUGAUGGGUAUUUAAAGAUGAACGGGUCACCCGACUACACUCCUAUGUGUCCAAGUCUAGCUGAACCAGAGUCCACCAGUCUUUCUGACCACGAGGAUAACGAAGCCAAUCGGUACAUGAAUCAGAAGAUGUGGCGGAAAGAGAAGUCAGAAGAAUACGAGCUGACACCCCUUCAUCGGCCGCAUGGAGACACGUGCAAGGAGAACGGUAAAGCGAGAUCCGAGUCCCCAGUUCAGUUCCACACACAAGCCGACGUCCACAACCCUGAGGACAGCGACAGUGGUCACUCCAGCAGCUACGCACCAGGGUCAUCACCGGUGGAAAACAAUGGCUACCUUGUGCCAAAGGCCCUGGACAGUGAGCCCCUGGUGUACCCAAUGGCUAAACCAAAGCCAAUACCAAGCCAGGUGAACAACUACCCUCACAAGGAGAACUGCAGCAACGAGUCCGUGUGUACAUGUAGUUCAAGUGGGUUUGACUCGGACUAUCGUGAUGUGCCUCCACCAGAUUACACUGCAGUCAUGGAGGACGCAUGCAGGCACUGAAAGCCAAUCGGAUGUUAAAAGACAGAAGACAUACUGUAAAGAGAGACUAUCUUCAAAGGGAGAUAACUCAGUGAGAGUGAGACAAUCAGGGAGAGACAAACGUGUUAUGAUGAGCUUCACAGCUUUGUGUGAAUGAAAGUUCUGGAGGAUGACGUGUUGAUAUUGAAACACAUAGACGAUGAUCUGUUGAUUCAUAUGACCUUGGUACAGGGAUGUUGAUGCAUAGGUACCAUGGUAUCUCGAUAUUAAUAUAACGGACCGUAAUGUGUUGAUAUUAAUACAUAUGGACCAUGGCAUGUCAAUAUUGACACAUGUGGACCAUGGUUUUAGUUGCAAGUCCCAAGUAGAAAUAAGCAAAGGAUGGAAACAGAUUUGCCUGUUGUCAUGGAAACGAGAUACGGUAUGCGCAUGGUGAUGAAGAAAUCUUUCAUUAGUCAGAAAGAGCUUCAGAAUAUCUUAGAAACAAAUGGCAUAGCGAUAUGCU